CUCAAUUAUUACUAAGGAUUUUAGUCUCUUAUUCUCUUAUCUGUGUCCAAGUUUCUUAUCUGCAUGAUUCGAUCCAAGUCCGACUUUUGUUCUUAUCGCUCCCGCCGCCGUCAUUGGGCGACCGGCCUCCAGCCUCUCGUCCACUGGGAGAGAGAGACCCGGAGCCCGUUUUCUGCCAGCAUUCAGGUGCGAGAGUCAAUUCUUCUGCAGAACUUAAAGCUUUCGAAGUCUGCUACAGGCACGGCCCCUACCAGAAUACCCUGUCCUCAAUCCCCAAAGGCCGAACCUCGUCCGCUGGUUCGACCAUUCCAUCCGAAAACCCGUCCUUCUCCUCCCCACGAAGCAAACCGGUUGGCCAGCAAGUUGACCAAAGCAAGAAGCUUAAUCGCCGUCCAAAACCAAUUGCUGGCCUGCCAGGUCAAUAUUCUUGAUCUCUGACAUAUCUUUGGUUCAGACAUCUCCUCUUGCUGGAAGAUUCGCUCGUGUGCCGUCACCGGCAGGUUUGAGAGCUUAGUGUUGAUCGCAGCCGCGAGUAACAUGUGCGUGCGGGCCAGCAUGAUAACCUCAUAAGCUGGGAAAAUGUCGACAGCUGCGGCGAAGCAACAUGCGCGCCAUAGCUCUGGCUUGUCGAGGAGGUCCGGUGUAAUGUCUGGAUCUCCUUCCCGGAGAAAGUCUCAGGGUGAACGCAGUACUAGUACUACAGGCGAAACCAGUCCUGUACCUGUUGUUGACCGUUCUCAUUCCACGCGUCGAUCUCGAGCCAGUUCCACCUCCAGUCAACCAGCAGCAAGAACUCCGGCGAGAUCUUUCUACCACCGUUCCUUCCUUGGUCAGCUGGAUCCUGCUCAAUAUUCUUCUUCGGCAGAACUGCGAGAUCAGACCGCCGAACUCGCUUCGUUCGCUCUGUCUGACAAUGUUCCUCACCAUGGAAGCCCUCCAGACAGUGACUCCUUAACUUCCGAUGACGGCCAUCCUGAUGCUAUACCAGAGGUUUCGGAGCCUGUGUCACGAGACGGUUCCGAGCACGACUCACCCCAUGAUCCCGAGCGUCCUGUAUCUGGUCUGAGCAUGGUGAUUGAGCAGUUUCCGCGGCAAGAGGUGGCUAAUGAGAACGGACACGGGGGAAAAGUCACAAGCGAUCAUCAAACCUCAUCAGGUCCCGCUAGAUCUGCUCAUGUAAAUGAACGGACGGCACUAUUGGGAGACCGCAAGUCGUCUGGUCAGUUUGGAGCAUUGAAUGAUAUCGAGCGACAGUUUUCGAGCAAAGUCGAUGGCAUUCGGCAGAGGUUGAGGACGACAGCUGGAAAAGCGCGAUCGUGUGCUUAUAUAGUGUCGCAUCCAAAGACCUGGAGCCCUCGUGCUAUCUACCAAGAAGUCAUUGUGCACCCAGCCAGUCUGCUCCCGGCUGUUUUCUUAGGUCUGCUUCUGAACAUCCUGGAUGCUCUAUCCUACGGAAUGAUCCUGUUCCCUUUGGGCAAUGAGCUCUUCGACAAUCUAGGCUCAGACGGUAUAGCUAUGUUCUAUGUCAGUACAAUUGUGGCUCAGAUUGUUUAUUCUUCUGGAGGGUCGGUCUUCCGCGGUGGUAUUGGAUCUGAGAUGAUCGAGGUUGUCCCCUUCUUCCACAAAAUGGCUUUCACAAUCCUCCACAAAGUCGGCGAGGACAACCCCAAGUCCGUUCUAGCAACCACUAUCCUAUCAUUUGCUGUCAGCGCUGUUCUUACGGGAUUGGUUUUCUUCCUGAUGGGAGCCUGUGGAUUAGGCUCCCUUAUCGGCUUCUUCCCACGGCAUAUACUGCUUGGCUGCAUUGGUGGUGUAGGAUGGUUUCUUGUUGCAACUGGCAUCGAGGUCUCUGCCCGCCUUCCGGGAAAUCUCGAGUAUAACCUUGAUACUCUGAAGCAGCUGUUUCGGGGAGACACCGUUGCACUGUGGCUCAUCCCCUUGGUGCUUGCUAUCAUUCUUAUCAUUGUGCAGCGGUUUGUGAAAUCUAACUUCCUAGUCGGAGGAUAUUUUAUAUCGGUUGGCGCAAUUUUCUAUUUUUUCAAGUUCGCCUUGGACAUCCCCAUGGACACAUUUCACUCCAAAGGCUGGGUGUUUGAUCCACCACCUGCAGGGAGCCCAUGGUACCAUUUCUAUACUUUGUACGACUUCAAGGCCGUUCACUGGGGAGCAUUGGCGGACACCAUUCCGGCCAUGUUUGCCUUGACAUUUUUUGGUGUCCUGCACGUCCCUAUCAACGUUCCCGCACUCGGAAUUUCGACCGGCGAAGAUACCCUGAAUGUGGAUCGCGAGUUGAUAGCUCAUGGGGUGUCGAACUGUUUGAGCGGAUUAUUUGGCAGUGUCCAAAACUACCUUGUCUAUACGAACAGUCUUCUCUUCAUGGACAGUGGAGGUAACGACCGUCUUGCAGGCUUGAUGCUUGCAGCGGCCACGUUUGGCAUCCUGUUGGUCGGACCGGUCAUUAUAGGCUAUAUACCUAUCAUGGUUGUUGGCGCCCUUAUUUUCUUGCUCGGAAUUGAGUUGCUCGAGGAGGCACUCAUUGGGACUCUGGGCAAAGUCCACAAGCUUGAGUAUGCCACCAUCGUCAUCAUUGUUGUUACAAUGGGAGUGUGGGACUUUGUGAUUGGCAUUCUGGUCGGCAUCAUCCUGGCCGCUCUGAGUUUCGUGGUUCAGGCUUCCCGCAGAACAGCCAUCCGAGCUGAGUACUCCGGGACGGUUGCUAGGUCGUUGGUCCGCCGGCCGCCAGUUCAGAUCAAAUUCUUGAAAGAGACUGGCCAACAGAUCUACUUGCUGAAGUUGGCAGGCUACUUGUUUUUCGGGACUAUUGUCGGAGUAGAAAACCGAAUCCGGGCUCUGCUUGCGGACGAUUCCUUCCGGGACCGACCACUUCGAUUUCUGAUCUUGGACAUGACCCAGAUCAAUGGAAUCGACUACUCGGCUGCCGAAGCAUUUACAAGGAUCAAUCGCUUGCUCCAGCAGCGUGGAGUUGAGCUCAUCAUAAGCAGUCUGGACGUCGAAGGCGAAAUUGGUCAAGCUCUUCAAAACGUGGGUCUCUUUGCAGACGAGUCAAAUGUGUCCCUCUUUCCCGAUCUCAAUGUCGCGCUAGAACAUUGUGAGAACAAAUUGUUGACGGCACUUUACCGCCAACAAGAACACCGCAAGAAAAAGCGGACAUCGGGGCACCUUGACGUCCCACGCAGCCGCAACCACAACCAUGACCUUCCACAGUCAUACAAGGCCGAAUUCAUGGGCAGCUCGCCACGACAGACAUUCCUCCAUCACGUGGCCGAGACCACGCUUGACGAAGACUCGUCUAUCACAAGCAAAUGGCAAUCUUUUGCGCAGCCAUUGCCUCUGUUGCUUCAGAUUUUCGAAGACUUGACGGACAAGAACGAAGACUUCUGGUACCGCGCCACAAAGUACUUUGAAAAAUUCAACUAUCCCCAAGGAUCGAUCCUGUUCAACGUUGGUGACCGGCCCAACGGGUUCUAUAUCCUCGAGGAAGGCAUCCUGCGUGCGGAUUAUGAUAUGCCACAAGGCAAGCUCUCCGAGCUCAUCGUCGCUGGCAGACCGUGUGGCGAGUUGCCCUUCUUCUCACAGACUCCGCGCACCGCAACCAUGGUGGCCGAGAAGGAUUGUGUUACCUGGCAGCUGGACGGCAAGAGGUGGCAGGAAAUGCAAGAAAACGACCCAGAUCUGGCUCGGGAAUUCCUGAUCAUCAGUUUGAAGUUGACCAAGGAGAGAAUGGAUGCCAUCACGUCUUAUGUUCUGACAACGGCGAGCUAAGGGGUCGCAUUUGUAUAGGUAACUCUGUCACAAUACGGGCAGGCUGUCGUUGGCAAAUGUUUGGAUAUAGGAUUGCAUGACGCCCACGCGUACAUCUGGCAUCAGUGUGCAGUACAUACUACCUUGCAAUGUAGAUAUUAACAUACUGUAAUUGAUCCCAGCAAUAAGCACGGCCAUGAUCUCCUCGGAAGAA